GAUGUCACGUGUCCUGACUUUGCAUUCUCAAUACAAACAAAUACUCUCUACCUAAAAAAAACAAUAAACAAACAGAACACAUCUUUGGAGCGUCGGUGAGGUUGGAGGAGAAGGGGUUUGUGAAAUGGAGUCGAGUGAGGAUGUGGAGAAUCUGAGUAGAGCUAUCGAGAAGCUUCUUAAUGAGAAGAGGAAUAGAGCAGCUUCUGGUGACGCUUUCAUUGAAGACGACGAUGAUCAGCUUUUGCUCUCUAGGCUUAUCUCUCAGUUGGAAUCACCAAAGUCCAAGGAAAAAGCAGGUGUGAUAACCAAAGAAGAAGAAGAAAAGGAAGAAGAAGAAUCUACAGAUUCUUCACCAUCCAAAGGAAAACGCGAGGGCCAGAGACAAUUGGAAGAGAGUAUAGAAGAAUUAGCUAAAGACAUCAAGAAGGUGAAGAAACAGAACACAAUAACCCAUGUACUUCUCUCGGCUGUGAUCAUCCUGACAUUGACUUGGCAGCUCUCUGAGUACUCCAUGAUUUUCAUGUUGAAAGAUAGAAUAAGCCACCCAGUCAGAUCCAUCGGAGGUAUGCUUAAUGGGAUGUUCAAAGGUAAGUUACGUCCAAUAAAGAACCAACUUGCGGGGACUUCCAACUCCAAUGACCAAAACAACCAUGGGAAUGGAACACAAAUUGGACCUCAACUUCAAGUGCCCGAGCUGUUGCGAGAAUUUGGUUUCGACGAUGAAGAAUGAUAGCUUUCCUUUGUGACUCAAUAAUACAACUGCUAUCUGGAA